CAAACCCCCUUGGACUUCCUGUCCACCGAACCAGCCCAGCGACCCCGUCGGCUUUCUCAACCUCGGCUUCCAUCGCUGCAUCGCACCAACCGCCUCCGCCGGCCCAGCUGCACCAUGGCUUCCGACUUUGGCCUCACGUUUCUGCAGGUGGCCGAGGUCUACCUGCUCUGCGUCGUCCUGCACAAGAUCAUCCCCUACCCCUCUCGCCAGGGAUACUGCUGCAGCUUCGACGGCAAGCCGCUCACCUACAAGCUGAACGGGCUCUGGGUCCUGUUCGUUGUCGUUGCCUUCUAUGUCGUCUUGGUUCAUUUCGGCGUCAAGGAUGCCACCUUUCUGGCUCGCAACUUUUGGUUUGGCUGGCUCUCCGGUGCCCUCAUCGGUCUGGCUCUGUCGAUCCUCUACGACGUCCUCGGCCGGGUCUGGCCCCCGGUGGACGCCCAGUACCUGCGGUGUCUGACCCGGGAUAUGGUCAGCUGGGACGAGACCGCCGGCGCAUACAAAGUCAUCAAGCAGCCCCUUGCCGACCCCAACUACCGCAAAAAGUCCCCGAUCCUGGACUUUUUCAACGGCCAUGCCUUCAACCCGCGCUUCCUCGGCAUCGACAUGAAGAUGAUGCUCUACUGCUGGGGCGCUGUGCUUCUGCAGCUCAACGUCCUGUCCAUGAUGAUGCUCCAGAUUCAAACCAACCAGAGUGUGCUCACCAACGCCAUGGUCGUCUAUGUCAUCGCCUUCACCUGGUUUCUCGUCGAGUACAGCUUUUUCGAGAACGUCCACCUCUACACAUACGACCUGUUUGCCGAAAAGAUCGGAUUCAAGCUGCUCUGGGGCUGUCUGGGCUUCUACCCGUUCCUGUACUGUAUCGGCGGCAUUCCCUUGAUGACCUUUGCACCCGCCGCCCAGAGCCAGGAUGCCGACAUUCCUGUCCUCGGUGCAGUCGGCAUCGGCCUCCUGUUCCUCGUCGGUUGGGUCCUGACUCGCGGGCCCAACAUGCAAAAGUUUCACCUGAAGAUGAACCCGACUGCGACCACGUUCUUGUUUGGGCUGAUCCCGCAGAAGACCAUCCCGGGCACCCGCAUCAUCUGCUCGGGUUUCUGGAGUCUCAGUCGGCACAUCAACUACCUGGGCGAGAUCAUCCAAGCCAUCGCCCUGGCCCUCCCUGGAUUCAUUGUCAUGCUCGGGGGUGGCCAUCCAUGGUACAUGUGCCUGAUCCCAUGGAUCUAUCCACUCUACUAUGUGAUGCUGUUCAUCCCGCGCGAGCGAGACGACAACCGCAUGUGCCAUCUCAAGUACGGCGAGGCCUGGGAGACCUACUGCAAGAUGACGCCCUGGCGCAUUAUCCCGUACAUAUACUAACGGUGCUGCCGUCGUUGUUGCUGCCGUUGUUGCUGUCGUUGUCGUGGCUGGCCCUGCUGCCACCCAAGCGAUCGAAUCCCCACCGGCAAACUGCUACUCAAUCUCCCCUCCCCCACGGCGAACAUGUGCUGUCGCCCGCUUUACCGCCUAUGAUCGAGAACCACAAUACAACCGAUGUAAACCCGAA